CCUCGCGCGCUCCCCGCCGGGCCAGCAGACGCGCCAUGGGCCCCGCGCUCUGGCUGGCGCUGGGCGGCCUCCUCGGCCUGGCCGAGCUGCUGGAGGGCCGGCUGGUGCGCGAGGAGGAAGCCGGCUUCGGCGAAUGCGACCGGUUCUUCUACGCCGGGACCCCGCCCGCCGGGCUGGCGGCCGCUGCCCACGUGAAGAUCUGUCAGCGCUCCGGGGGCGCCGAGCGCUUCGCCACCCUGUACAGCACCCGGGACCGCAUCCCCGUGUACUCGGCGUUCCGCGCCGCGCGCCCCGCGCCCCUGGGCUCCGAGCAGCGCUGGCUGGUGGAGCCGCAGAUUGAUGAUCCCAGCAGCAACCUGGAGGAGGUGACUGAGGAGGCUGACGCCACCACCUCUGCGAACAGCCUGGGAGGCAAGCAAGCCUUGAAUGCAGACUACCUGGGUUCUGAUUACGAGAGAGGACAGCUGUACCCAUUCUCCCUCAGCGGCGACUCCCCCACGGCCACGUUCACACUCACAAAUGCAGCUCCCAUGACCCCAUCCUUCCAGAAACGGUGGUACAUGAAUCUCCACAGCCUGAUGGACCGGGCCCUGACCCCGCAGUGUGGCGGCGGGGACGAGCUCUACAUCCUCACAGGUGCGGUGCCCUCAGACCUCAGAGUCAGAGGCAGAGUGAGCGUCCCGGAGUUCGUAUGGCUGGCGGCCUGCUGUGCUGUCCCCGGAGGAGGCUGGGCCAUGGGCUUUGUCCAGCAUCCCCGGGACGCGGAGGUCAUAGAAGAUGUGAUGGUGAAAGAACUCGAGAAACUGCUUCCGUACAACCCACAGCUGUUCCAGAACAACUGUGGGGAAACUGAACAAGAUACAGAGAAAAUGAAAAAAAUCCUAGAGGUGGUUAACCAGGUCCAGGAGGAAGAGCGGAUGGUGCAGUCGAAAGGGAGCGCGAGGGGCACGAGGUCCGCCCUGUUGCCUCCAGAGCCAGCCGGGGAAAGGAGUAGCCUUUUGGGCAAACUCCUGGGCUUCAUCGCUACCCCGCUCAUCAAGCUUUGCCAAUUAAUUUAUUCCCUGGCCAUCGGAGUCCUGAAGUACGUUGUGUAUUUCCUGUGGUUUGUCACCAAACAGGUGAUUCACGGUAUAGAAAGUUCCCUUUACCGCCUGGGCUCAGCCACCAUCUCAUACUUCUUGACCAUCGGGGAGGAGUUGGCGAGCAUUCCCUGGAAGGUACUCAAAGUCGUGGUCAGAAUCACCAGGGCCAUUCUCCGGAUCCUCUGUUGCCUGCUCAAGGUUGUGUGCCGCGUCCUGGGCAUCCCUGUCCGCGUCCUCGUGGAUGUGGCCACUUUCCCUGUGUACACCAUAGGCGCAGUUCCAAUUGUGUGCCAGGACAUCGCCGUGGGCCUUGGUGGCAUCAUCUCUCUGCUCUUCGACACAGCUUUUGGCACCAUGGGUGGCCUUUUUCAGGCCAUUUUUACCGUCUGCAAGUGGAUUGGGUACAAGAUGACUUUCGACAAUCCUGGGGAGUUAUAAGAACUCAGAAAACAGAGUGCCCAGUCACAGGGAACUUGCUUUUUUUUUUUUUUUUUCUUAAUAGAGAAAGCUGGAAUAUUUUGUCUGUUCUGUGGGUUUCUGUUCACUGUCAAUUAUUAUAUUUUGGCCUUUGGUGGGAGUGUCUGCAUGUUUUUGCAAAGGAAGAUGGUACAGUUUAGAUGACCCUAGAGAGAUGCUCAGGGUGGGAUUACGUGUAGGUUGUCGGCUGUGAUGUGGGUGAACUUCCAAGCUGCUCAGUUAUUCACUGUGACACAGAUCACCAUGCGAGACAUGCUGCUGUUCAUUUGUGAUCAUUAAAAAUUACAGGAGAGGGAAGAAUGAGAACGAGGACAGCUUUAAACCAAAGUGUUUCCAAGAAAAGGAGAAGGGAAUCUCACUCCUCCUAUUACUCUCUGGGACUCAAGGCAAAACCGAUAUAAAUAUUCCUGGCUAAUUCGUUAACAUUUGUUUCUCUUUCUCCCCAACUUGGCUGACUUGGUGAAGUGCAGCUCUGCUUCCCUGCUGAGAUAACUUUCUUAGGAUAUGGAAUCUGCUAUAUCCCUUAGCUUUCCAUGGCUCCUAAGGGCCUAUCAGGUUGGUUUGAGGGGGGGUGUUUUGUUUUGUUUUGUUUGCUCCAGAGUUGAAUUUUGCAUCCUUUUUUUCUUUUAGGUAAUGAUAAGCAAUUUAUGCCAGAUGUGGCAUAACAAAUUCUGAAUGCAAGGGAAAAGAUUGUUUGCCCCUUGAAAAGUCUAAUAUAGUCCUCCCAAGUUUAAAGAAGAGAACAUAAGAGUCAGACCGCUGCUCUGAGAACGUGCUGUAGGUCCGAGAGCAUCCUUCUCCAAGCUCGGAUUAACUUGACAUAUAUUAAAUAUCUGGCUGACAAGACUGAGCUCAGAGACCUAUAUGUCAAGAUAAUAUGAAAAUUCAUAUCCGAUAAUAUCCUAGAGCAGUUUCUCUUACACUUUAAGCAAGUACCCAGCUCAGUGGAACACUGACUUCUGUCCUUAAAGGACUGUUUUGGUACCAAUGUAUAGACGAGAGCCACAGAAUAAAAACUCUUCUAGCCAUCUAGGGAAAAAAAAUCCAUACACCUAUAUAUCUAAGUUUGUGUAUGUAGAAACUUGAUUCAGAAUCAUUAUCUCAGGAAAUUACUUUCAGAGUGCGUUUGAGGCUGGAACACCUAACUCUCCCACUAAUGCUAGUUCUGUCUGAGAGCUCACCACCAAUGUUUUGAUCAAGCACUUGUCAUUCUAAUUCUAGCACUGAAACUGAUAAUAUGGGGAAGCAGAACCUCCCAAACUUUACUCUGCCUUCCACAGCUGAGAUGGAACCACCUGGAUUUUUCUGAACAUCCUCAAGAGUUGCUGGGAGGUAGAAAAGGGCCAAGUGUAAAAUGCUGAUCUGGGGGAGUGCAGGCCAGCACUCAUCUAGAAGUGAGAUGCAAAAGCUUGGGGUCUGGAAAGGCAACAGGGAGAGAAGAAUGGGCCAACCGUUUGCAUCAAGUUGGCGGACAAGAAACGUGAGUGUAAUCAGAGUUAAUGUUUUGUAGGAGAAUCAUUGAAUUGGACCCAAAGUAGAAGAGCAGCCAGCAAACUACCAUCCCCAUCAGUUUGUGAUGCAGGGCUGGGGAGUGGGGCGCCAGGCCGUGUCCAUGUCAGAGGGAGCCGUGCACUAGCUUCUCUAAGACUCUCGUGCGGAGGUUUGCUAAUAUUUCUGUUUGUGAGCGUAAAAGUCUGUGGUCAGGCUUCCCUUCAUUUCUGCAGUGUGAAGGUAUGUGGAAGGGUGAGGGUUUGUCUUGUACUGAUGGGUCAAGAAUCCUGGUGGAUGAAAGAAAGGGAAUCUCAGAAGGGACCAGAGAGAUGGUCUGGCUAACCCCUCAUUUGAUAAGGAAGCUGAGGUCCAGGGAGACUGGCUGAUGGCAGGUCAGGAGCUGGGGUCUUCUGCACCCGUCCCAUCACACCUGGGAUGUCAGAUACAUGGUGCUGGAGGUUACCGUGCAGCUGCCUCCCUGGACCGUGGCAGAGUUUUCUCCAUCAUCCAUCAAACAGGCUAGGCCCUGAUGAACCAGCUGGACUGGCCUAUGUGAUGACGUGAUUACCAUCCAUGCACAGCAUCAUGCUUACUGCCUCCUGUGGGAUCGACGUUCCCUCGUCGUGCUUGUUUGCGUCCUGUAAGGUCCAAAGGGACUUCCAUGGCAGCUUGAGCCCCCUGGCACCGUAGAAGGAGCAGGGCAUCCAAACUGCUGCUUGAGAACCAUUUGAAAAUGUCCUCCUUUUCAGUUCUGGUUGCUUAGUGUCUUAUUUAUUUAUUAUGAUGUGGCCUUUUUUGGAAAUCUGGAAAGGGAUAAUAAAGCAAAAAAUAUCCCUAAGGUUAGGCGGCUGAGACUCUCCACUCUGGACCACUGGUUCACUGGCUCUGCCAACCCCAUUCCCAGUGAGCUGCUGUGGGCUUUGAGCUGGGAGUUCAGGUUCAUGAGCCCCACCUCUGGCUUGAAGAUUUUCCUGUGGCUCUGCCAUGUCCUCAGGCCCCUGGGGAGGUCAGCCAACUCUUCGUGAUUUCGGAGCUGAUUUUCUAGUCUGUGGAUCAGCCACGCCCUUGGACACUCCUCUUUUCCAUUGUGCCUUUUGAGCGUUCGCUUCUCACUCAGCAUCAGCCCUUGCCCCUAAAUGCAGACGAGGGGUUGGGAGAAGGGGCUAGAGUGAAGCAGCAGCCAUCCACGCAGUCAUUCAUCUGUCAAACGUGCACUUGAACACCCAGGUUGCAGAGAUCAACAAUGCACAGGUCCCACCUUGGAGCGGAGAGAACACGGCGCACUUGAUUACCAGCCUGGACCCCGGAGCACAGGAGGGAAAACCAGAAACCAUGGACGUUGGGGAGGCCUUUGCAGAGGGUGUGACUAAAGUCAACUUGACAUUUUCAAGCUAUGUACAAUGCUGUGCACCUUGCAAUGCUCAAUAAAGUGAUUGUUGACAACUCA